AUGGGGUCAGUAGUACUGCCUCAUCUGAAUUCUGCCUGGCACGUCGACCAGGCAAUCUUAUCAGAGGAAGAUCGCCUCGUCGUGAUACGGUUCGGACGUGACCACGAUCCGGACUGUAUGCGUCAAGACGAAGUACUUUACAAGAUUGCUAAUCGAGUGAAGAACUUUGCUGCCGUCUACCUCUGUGACAUCGACCAGGUCCCCGAUUUCAACGGCAUGUACGAGCUGUACGACCCCUGUACCAUCAUGUUCUUCUUCCGCAACAAGCACAUGAUGUGCGAUUUCGGCACCGGCGACAACAACAAGCUCAACUGGGUGCUGGAGGAUAAGCAGGAGCUUAUCGACAUCAUCGAGACCAUCUACAGGGGGGCCAAGAAGGGCAAGGGUUUGGUGGUCAGCCCGAAGGACUACAGCACACGACAUAGAUACUAA